GUCACUACUGAGUGCUGAGAAAAAGGGUUGCUGACAUGAGAGAUCAAACACCAGCUGGGAGUCAGAGGUCCUCUGGCAGAGAAAUGCUGCUCCCGCUACUUCUACUGCUAGCAGUUCUCUUCUCAGGUGGUGACAAUCAGGAAGCCUACCAAGGGCCGACCUCGUUCCAUGUCAUGCAAAUCUCAUCCUUUGCCAACAGCACCUGGACCCUGAAUCGUGGCUCAGGCUGGUUGGAAGAUCUGCAGAUUCAUGGCUGGGAUAGUGACACAGGCACUGCUAUAUUCCUGAAGCCCUGGUCUAAGGGCAACCUCAGUGAUGAGGAGGUCACAGAGCUGGAGGAGAUCUUCCGAGUCUACUUCUUUGGAAUUACCAGGGAAGUGCAGGAACGAAUCAGUGACUUCCAGUUGGAGUAUCCUUUUGAAUUCCAGGGCAUAGCAGGCUGUGAGCUACAGUCUGGGGGAGCCAUCGGGAGUUUCUUGAAGGGGGCUAUAAAAGGACUGGAUUUACUGAGCAUCAAUACUACCUGUUGGCCUUCCCCAAGCGGUGGCAGCAGGGCACAGAAAGUCUGUGAAUUAAUCGCAAAUUACAAAGGCAUCUUUGACACAAUAGAGCACCUGCUCUAUAAAACCUGUCCCCGGUUUCUCUUGAGCGUCCUGGAGGCAGGGAAGGUGGACCUCCAGAGACAAGUGAAGCCCAAGGCCUGGCUGUCCAGCGGUCCCAGUCCUGGGCCUGGCCGUCUGCUGCUGGUGUGCCAUGUGUCUGGCUUCUACCCAAAGCCCGUGUGGGUGAUGUGGAUGCGAGGUGAGCAGGAACAGCAGGGCACUCAGCAAGGUGACUUCCUGCCCAACGCAGAUGGGACCUGGAACCUCCGAGCAACCCUGGAUGUGGCAGCUGGGGAGGCGGCUGGCUUGGCCUGCAGGGUGAAGCACAGCAGCCUAGGAGGGCAGGACCUCGUCCUCUACUGGG